AGUUUUUAGGUCUGGGAUCGCUGACUCGCGAGUCGCGAGCGCGCUUUGGGGCGGGGGAGGGAUCGUAUUGCCCUAGCUAGCUCCCAUGGCGACGGGGCAGCUCUUCUCGCGGACGACGCAGGCGCUCUUCUACAACUACAAGCAGAGCCCCGUGCAGCGAAUGCUCGACUACGAUUUCUUGUGCGGCCGCGAGAUUCCUUCCGUGGCCGGCAUUGUCAAUCCCGGAUCGGAUGGAUUCCAGAAGCUCUUCUUCGGGCAAGAAGAGAUCGCUGUUCCUGUCUAUGGGAGUGUUCAAGCUGCGUGUAGAGCUCAUCCAGUGGCGGAUGUGUUCAUCAAUUUUGCAUCGUUUAGAAGUGCCUUUCAGUCGUCCAUGGACGCUCUGAAGCAGUCUACAAUUCGUGUGAUCGUGAUUAUAGCGGAAGGAGUUCCGGAAGCUGACACAAAGAAGCUCAUUGCGUUUGCUGCCUUAAAUCACAAAGUUGUGAUUGGUCCUGCUACAGUGGGAGGCAUCCAAGCCGGAGCUUUCAAAAUCGGAGACACGGCUGGUACCUUAGAGAACAUAAUCCAGUCCAAACUCUACAGGCCCGGAUCAGUUGGUUUCGUCUCAAAAUCGGGUGGCAUGUCUAACGAGAUGUACAAUGUCAUAGCGCGUGUAACUGAUGGACUUUAUGAAGGAAUCGCUAUCGGUGGGGAUGUUUAUCCUGGGUCAACUCUCUCAGAUCAUGUACUACGAUUUAACAACAUCCCCCAGAUCAAGAUGAUCGUAGUGCUUGGAGAAUUAGGCGGAAGGGACGAGUAUUCUUUGGUUGAGGCAUUGAAGCAAGGCAAAGUGACGAAACCUGUCGUCGCGUGGGUCAGUGGAACCUGUGCCAAACUCUUCAAGUCAGAAGUGCAAUUUGGACAUGCCGGUGCUAAAAGCGGUGGUGAUAUGGAAUCAGCACAGGGAAAGAAUAAGGCCCUUCAAGAGGCCGGUGCAAUUGUGCCUACGUCAUACGAAGGAUUGGAAAGUGCUGUCAAAGGCGUAUACGACAAACUGGUUUCGAACCAGACAAUUGUUCCCGCUCCCGAGCCAAAACCGCCAACCGUGCCGGAAGAUCUUCACGUUGCUGUGAAGAACGGAAAAGUUCGAGCUCCGACGCACAUUGUCUCUACAAUCUGCGAUGACAGAGGUGAUGAACCAACUUACGCUGGUGUACAAAUUUCCACAAUCAUUGAAAAGGACUAUGGCCUUGGUGACGUAAUAUCGUUGCUCUGGUUCAAGAGAAGCCUUCCAAAAUACUGCACAAAAUUCAUUGAGAUGUGUAUCAUCCUCUGUGCAGACCAUGGUCCCUGCGUUUCUGGCGCGCACAAUACGAUUGUAACCUCCCGUGCUGGCAAGGAUCUAGUAUCAUCUCUAGUCUCAGGCCUUCUUACAAUAGGACCUCGUUUUGGCGGAGCUAUUGAUGAUGCAGCCCGCUACUUCAAAGAUGCUUACGACAAGAACUUGACACCAUAUGACUUCGUGGAGUCCAUGAAAAAGAAAGGAAUUCGUGUACCAGGGAUUGGUCACAGAAUUAAGAGAGGUGACAAUCGUGACAAGAGGGUUGAGCUACUCCAGCACUAUGGCCGAACUUUCUUUCCGUCGGUCAAGUACAUGGAGUAUGCAGUUCGUGUCGAGAGCUACACACUAUCCAAGUCGAACACCUUGGUGCUCAACGUGGACGGUGCCAUUGGCUCGCUCUUCUUAGAUCUUCUCGCGAGCUGCGCAAUGUUCAGCCAGCAGGAAAUAGAUGAGAUCGUAGGAAUCGGAUACCUCAACGGACUUUUUGUUCUUGCUAGGACUAUCGGCUUGAUCGGGCAUACCUUCGAUCAAAAGAGAUUAAAACAGCCACUCUACAGACAUCCUUGGGAAGACGUGCUUUACGCAAAGUAAAUUUUCUCUUCCACUAAUAUAAUUAAGCUGGAAAGCUGAGUACGUUGGCAGUUUGAUUGUAUGAUUGUUAUCUCACACUUUUCUGAUAAGCUGAAUUACUUCCUCAAUUGACGCGAGCUUGGAUCUCGUCUUGAGCAAAUCUUUUGCAAAAUUUAACGCGCGUCUUUCACAUUGUGACCGCAACUCUGGGUUUUCGAUCGAUUCGAAAUCCUCUACGUGUGCAAUGCCCACGAUUCUCCUGCUUGCACAAAGUUUACGUUAACAAAGAUUUACAAAGCUUACGAAAGAA